GACCCCCCAAAAAACUGACUUUUCUUUGUGCAGACGUAAAUUCAUCUUUUAUCUGUCGGUUCAUGAAUUGGGGGUUUUCUCAUUUCCUCAUAGUUGAAUUUAUUUGGGUUCAAAAUUGAAUUUUGAACCAUUUUUGGGAAAAGAAGGAGAAUUGGGUAUUUAGCUAAAUUGGGAAAACAGGUUUCUGAAUUGGUUUCUUGAUUUUCUGUGGCUUUUAUUGAUUGGAGUUGGAUUUCGAGCUGACCCCACUCAUGAAAAAUUUAUAUGAUUGGUGUUCUUGAACUGUUUCAUUUCCAGUUUUGACUUUUUGGUAAACUCAUUUUGGAAGUUGAUCAGUUCUUUGAAUUGAAUUGAGUGUUCAUUUAGGUUGAUUAGAAAGGUUAGGUGGUUGAAUGUUGUCUAUUAGGUUUGCAUCUUCUUGAAUCAUAGUUGUCUUGAAAGAUGGCUUCAGGGAUGGGGCUUGAUGAAGACAGUGGUGAAACUAAAGGAGGCAUGUGGGAUUUAGACCAAAAGCUUGAUCAGCCUAUGGAUGAAGAGGCAGGAAGACUAAGAAAUAUGUAUAGAGAAAAGACUUUCUCGUCAUUGUUGCUUCUGCGGCUUGCUUUUCAGAGUCUGGGAGUGGUUUAUGGAGACUUGGGGACGUCUCCUUUGUAUGUGUUCUACAAUACAUUUCCCCAUGGAAUUGAUGAUCCAGAGGAUGUCAUUGGCGCACUUUCACUAAUUAUAUAUUCCCUCACACUUAUCCCUCUCCUCAAAUAUGUUUUCAUAGUUUGUAGAGCAAACGACAAUGGUCAAGGUGGGACUUUUGCUCUUUAUUCUUUGUUAUGUCGCCAUGCUAAGAUAAAGACAAUUCCCAACCAACACCGGACAGAUGAAGAGCUGACAACUUAUAGUCGCAGCACAUUCCAUGAGCACUCAUUUGCUGCAAAAACAAAAAGAUGGUUGGAGGCAUAUCCGUUCAGGAAGAACUCGCUUCUUAUUCUUGUAGUUAUAGGCACUUGCACGGUAAUAGGUGAUGGAAUUCUUACUCCGGCUAUAUCAGUUCUUUCAGCUUCCGGUGGGAUCAAGGUGGACCAUCCAAAGAUGAGUAAUGAUGUUGUAGUGAUUGUUGCUGUCAUUAUAUUAGUUGGUUUAUUUAGCGUACAACACUACGGCACAGACAGGGUUGGUUGGCUGUUUGCUCCAGUUGUGCUGCUUUGGUUUCUUUUAGUAGGAGGUAUUGGCAUCUUCAACAUCUGGAAAUAUGAUAGCUCUGUUGUGAGGGCCUUUUCUCCUGUGUACAUAUAUAGAUAUUUUAGGAGGAGAAAGAAAGACAGUUGGACAUCCCUGGGAGGAAUAAUGCUCAGCAUCACAGGAACAGAGGCACUUUUUGCUGAUCUUGCUCAUUUUCCGGUGUCAGCAAUACAGCUUGCUUUCACAGUCAUUGUUUUCCCUUGCCUUCUUUUAACAUAUAUGGGGCAAGCAGCAUACCUCAUGCAAAAUAAGGAACAUGUUGUCGAUGCAUUCUACCGUUCUAUUCCAGGCAUCAUAUACUGGCCAGUUUUUAUUGUUGCAACAUUAGCUGCUAUCGUUGCAAGUCAAGCAACAAUCACCGCUACGUUUUCAAUAAUCAAGCAAGCUCUGGCACAUGGCUGUUUCCCAAGAGUCAAGGUAGUACAUACAUCAAAGAAGUUCCUCGGCCAGAUAUACAUUCCUGAUAUAAAUUGGAUCCUUAUGGUUCUUUGCAUCGCUGUGACUGCUGGAUUCAGAAAUCAAAGCCAAAUUGGCAACGCAUAUGGAACGGCAGUUGUGAUAGUCAUGUUGGUGACGACAUUCCUCAUGACCUUAAUAAUGUUAUUAGUUUGGCGCUGCCAUUGGGUUCUUGUCCUUGUCUUCACCUUCUUAUCUCUGGUGGUUGAAUGUACCUACUUCUCUGCGGUGCUAUUUAAGGUUGAUCAGGGUGGUUGGGUUCCACUUGUGAUUGCUGCAGCUUUUUUUGUCAUCAUGUAUGUCUGGCAUUACGGAACUGUGAAACGUUAUGAAUUUGAAAUGCACAGCAAGGUAUCAAUGGCAUGGAUUCUUGGGCUUGGCCCCAGCUUAGGACUUGUACGUGUCCCUGGGAUAGGACUUGUCUACACCGAGCUAGCUAGUGGAGUGCCACAUAUCUUUUCUCACUUCAUCACAAAUCUGCCAGCUGUACAUUCAGUUGUAGUAUUUGUCUGUGUGAAGUAUCUUCCAGUUUACACUGUUCCAGAAGACGAGAGGUUCCUCAUGAAGCGCAUAGGACCCAAGAGUUUUCACAUGUUCCGUUGUGUUGCAAGGUAUGGUUACAAAGACCUCCAUAAGAAAGAUGAGGAGUUCGAGAGAAAGCUAUUUGAUAACCUCUUCCUGUUUGUCCGGCUGGAGAAUAUGAUGGAAGGUUGCUCUGACUCCGAUGAAUACAGCUUAUACGGGCAGCAAACUCAGCAUUCAGCGAGUUACCUACUGCGAAGUAAUGGCAACUCAACUACAGGAGAUAAUGACUUCACAAGUUCGACAGUGGACUCAAUAAUUCCUGUUAAAUCUCCUACUCAAGGGAACAACACAGUCACAUCAUCAGGCCGUGAGAGCAGCCAGGCAGAAGCGGAUGAAAUGGAAUUCUUAAAUCGUUGUAGAGAUGCUGGGGUUGUACACAUUCUUGGAAACACUGUGGUUAGAGCAAGGAGGGACUCUAGGUUCUACAAGAAAAUUGCUAUCGACUAUAUAUAUGCGUUUCUUAGGAAAAUAUGCAGGGAAAAUAGUGUAAUCUUCAAUGUCCCUCAUGAGAGCCUACUAAAUGUUGGACAGAUAUUCUAUGUAUAAUUUUUUGUUUCAACAAAUGAAUGAA